AUGGCAUCAAACGUAACAGACUUCUAUCGGGUGCUAGGUUUGGCGUCUAACGCUAGUGAUGAUGAUAUCAAGCGUUGUUACAAAAAGCUAGCUGUGAAAUAUCAUCCUGAUAAAACAUCAGAUACAAACCAUCAUGAAUUGUUUAUCAAAAUACAAGAGGCAUAUGAAACGUUAAAAGAUCCUGAAAAACGUCGUAAAUAUGAUAUUCAACACAGAAAAAGCAAUUAUAGUUCAUACAAAACAUAUUCUACGUCUACGCAUACAUCAACUUCCACAUCAACUUCAAAAUCAAACAGAACCCCAGGAUAUUAUGGGUUUUAUCAGCAUUUCUACAAAUCAUACCAAAAUCCGGACAUAGCUGAAAAGCAGAAACAGGCGCAGGAAGAGAAAUUGAAAAAGGAUCGUGAAGACCAAUCAAGAAGGGCUGCAAAACUUGCUAAGGAGAAAAUUGAAGAACAGAUAAGAAAAGAAAGAGAGGAUAGAAGGAGGGAGAAAAUGGAGCGUGAGAGAUAUAAGGAAAAGGAAAAUCAGAAAGAGGCAGAAAAUAUGCAUUAUAACGAAAGGAAACGAGAUGCAUAUAGAAAGGAAUGGGAGAACACAUUUAGUCAUUUUGCUCAGGAGGAAGAUGUGCUAGAUCAGUAUUUUAUGGAGAGGCGAAGAACACAAGAAAGAGCAAAGGAUAAGCCUGAACCUGGUUCAUUACAUAAUGAAAGAAGGCUGGAUAACCGGUCGGCCCACCGUGAACAUGAUACCUACGAUACAAACAAUUUUGGUCAGCAUGGACAAGAUUCGAGUGAUCCCAUAGUGUUAGACGAUGAUGGCGUUGAAGAGAGCCCUCCCAAACUGACGGGUGCACCAUCAAAUACACAGCCUUCUACAAAGAGUCUGACUAGUUCGAGUAAUAAGGAACCGAAUCACACUUCAGAUUCGGACGAUGAUGAAUUUGUAUCUGUACUACACGAAUCACCGGGCGAGCCACAAGUCAAAUCAGAACCCUAUGCAAACGAUAUGGAUCAGUUUUUCAAUGGUGUAGAGCAACUUUUUGAUGCUAGAAUGAAUCUCAGGCCCAGACAAGAGCCCAGUCGGUUAAGUAAAAGUCGACGUUCUGUUUCACCCACGAGAAAUAAACCAGUGGCACCAACAACAAGCUACGUUAGAAAUAAUAGUGUUUCUCAUGAUCGUUCAUCAAAUAAAAGACCGAAAACUACGGGAACUUUUAAAUUUGAUGAUUUGAAAUCCCACCUAGGUGCUGAUAUUGGAAAUGUGGACUUUUCCGAAGUCUUGGAAAACUUACCCAAGGAUGAAUCUAAUGUUAAAACUAGGAAGAUCAGUGAAGAUGUCUCAUCCAAACUUAAAUCUAAACGGCCAAGAGUAGCCGAAUAUACAAAUGGUACCUCUAAAGCUGAAACACUUCAUACUCCCAUCAACAAAAAUUCUGUCAAGGGCCACUCUGUACCCUCCAGUACUCGAAAGAAAGUAUUAACCAUGUUGGACUUGCAUGCAUCCCCAACUAUUCACAAUUAUGCUUCUCCAACUCCUCCAGAAGCUUUGCUAAGUAGAAAAUUAACGAAUGAACUUUGGAUGAGAUAUGUUUCCUCAAUUCGUAACUAUCAAUCGGAAUUUCUCAAUUAUAAGAAGCAUAUUGUACAGUAUCAAUUAGAGAGAUCAAAGAAAGAUGAAGAAUACUUCGAACUAAUAAAUUCGAGCUCUGCUUGCUUUGAAGUUUACCAGCAAUGUCUAGAGCGUGAUUUCAAGGUUAUUCAAGAAUAUACAGAGCUGUUAAGAGUGUUUACGAGUACUAUGGAUAUCUAUAAACAGAACUGCAACUGGAUAAAGAUGUCUAAUUCAUAG